AUGAACUUUAUUCGGGUCCUGAAGAUCAACCCUAAGUUGACGCAGGCGGCUGCUGGAAUGUUCAGUAGCGGGUUCGCACAUGCUCUGACCUGCAGAAAGAAAGCUCCCUCUGGUGAUGACUCACGGAAAGCGAAGCGGACCGAGUACCACGCUCUCAGCAGCAGGGAAGAUGUCGCGGCAAGAGCAGAGGACACGAGCUGCAGCCUCCUCCCUGAAGACGACCUGGACAGGCAGCGCGGGCUAACGCUCAAGAGGGAUGUGGGAUUGCUGAGCGGCAUCACAUUUCUGCUUGGUUCAAUCAUAGGCACAGGGAUCUUCAUAACUCCGGGGAACGUUCUCAAGAACUCAAAGUCUAUAGGCGUCGACCUUUCGUUGUGGGCCCUUGGAGGACUAAACGCAUUCAUAGGUGGGCUUUGCGCUGCCGAAAUGGGCGCACUACUACCGUCAUCUGGCGGCGACUACGCGUUCUACCUUGUCGCCGGCAGGCCGUACGGAGAGUAUGGCGACGUACCGGCCUUUCUUUUUGCCUGGACACUCUUUUUCAUGGAUCCUGCAACCACGACUAUACAAGGCCUGACAUUCGCGGCUUACGUGCUUAGCCUGCCGUACCCGGACUGCGCGCCGCCUUACGAAGUGAAAGUAUUGGUUACCUGCCUUUUCAUCACUUUCGCGACAGCGGUCAACUGCUUCUCGGUGAAGACGUCCACAAAAGUGCAAGAUGUCUUAUCCGGACUCAAGUGCGCUUUUCUCUACGCCGUGAUUAUUACUGGGGCAAUAUACUCAUUUUAUGGCAAGUUUAUAAUUCAACUAAAUCAAUUAGCUUCACUCACUGCGUUAUCAGGAAAUCACAUCUGGGAUUCACAGCCUUUGGGAAACCUACCCCCCUCGACCGGAGACCUCGCGUCGGCUAUGUAUUCUGCACUGUACUGCUACGGUGGCUGGAACGCCAUCAACUGCGUCGCCGAGGAAGUGAAGAACCCUGGCCGUAACAUUCCAAUCGCCAUUGCAGUUAGCGUCGCCCUCACUGCGACCAUAUAUUUACUAACUAAUCUCGCCUUCUUCGUCGUUCUGGACACGGACACCAUAGCGAGUGCCGACGCCGUCGCUGUCACAUUCGUACGCGCCACGUGGGGCCAAAGAAUGGCCAACGUCAUGCCCGUCGUAAUUGGGAUGACCGUGUUCGGGACGACCUGCGCCAACGUGGUGACUUCUUCGAGAGUGUUCUUCGCAGCCAGCCGCCAGGGUCACCUAGCCCGUGUCAUGUCAUACGUGCACGUCGACAGCUCCGUGCCGCUGCUAGCCAUGGUGGUCCGCUGCCUGUUGUCCCUGGCCUUUACCCUGGUCGGCUCGGUGCACUUCCUGAUCGAAGUGAGCAUCCUUCUGGGUAACGUACUCGACGCGGCGAGCGUCGCGAGCUUGCUCCUCCUGCGUCGCUCCAUGCCCGACGCCCCGAGACCCUACCGAGUGCCUACCGUCAUCGCUGUGCUAAGACUCGUCGUGUGCCUCGUUCUGGCCGCCAUGACACUCGUCCAAGUUCGGCGGUACGUGUACCAGUACGCGUUGGUGGCGAUAGCGUUCGCGACGGGGGCCGUCUACUACUAUCUCUUUGUGAGGAAGAAGUUCCGGCUUCGUGGAUGCGAGAGGAUCGCGGUGUUUCUGCAGAAGUGCUUCAAGUCGGCUCCAUGCUCUAAUGAAUUGGAAAGGCUCGAUGACUCUGUCGUUGUGGAAUGGAAGUAGUGCACGUGUGUGAAUAGUGUGAACUAGCUGGACGUACAUGGUGUGUAUUUAUUUCAAGAAAUGACAUUGAAUGCCCUAUUUUAGUAAGAUCUCAAUAUGAUUAGUGUUUUCUGAUAUCGCGGGACAAGUGCCUUUGUUAUCAUAAAACAGUCUUUCAUUUGAAACCACCGACAGUCACGCCACCUGUUGCGCACAAUAGUCGAGGCUGUUGCGCAUCGGAGUUGAGGCUGUUGUUUCAAAACUGUCUGCUCCCAUAAGAAUACAAGGCGCAGAAUUACAUAUGCUGGAAAAUAGGUGUAGAAUACAACAGCGCAUUUGUAACCGCAACAAAUGUACAGUGUGUGCGAAGUAUCUGGAAUACAUAUUUCUAUUGACGUAUAUAUACAUCGACAACCGUGUUGUGUCUAUACCCUCGAGUUUUUUUUUUCAUAACCUGCCUAUCAUACGACGUGUGCAAUAAUUCCAUAGUAGUUGCCUGUACCACACCAGCAUUGAUUUCUAUUGAGUGAUCAAGAAACGCUCAGCGCAAGGUUGACAGCAAUGUUGUAAUUUGGAAAGCCCAAUUAGUGCAAGAGCUCAACUUGGCGGAACGCUUUGCUUGGGCUUAAAUGGUGUGCCAAUACACUU